AUGGAUUCGACGAAGCUUAGUGAGCUCAAGGCCUUCAUUGAUCAGUGUACCCUUCCCUUCUCUCUACACCUACGUCUUGGUGCUAAUGAAGAACACAAAGACACCGAAGCGAGGAGUUUCGUAGUGGAAGAAGAGAGUGAUGGUGAUAUGGAGGAGACCGAAGAACCGAAACCCAAAGUGGAGGAAGCGAUUGUUGAAUUUGAUAUAGAGCUUGAAGGAGACACUGUUGAACCUGACAAUGAUCUUCCUCAAAAGGAUGCAUCAGUGGAGGUGACUGAUGAGAACUGCGAAGCUGCUCAAGAAGCUCUCAUUAGAGACAACAGGAAAACCGAUGCAGCUGCCGAGAUCAUCUUCAGUGGAAAAGCUCGGCCUGGACUCACAGAAACGAAUGUCAAUGUAGACGAGGUAAAUCAAAAAGAUAGACAUGAAAUGAGUGAUGAACAAUUUGUGAAUCAAGUGAAAAUGCUGGUGGACGAGGGUUCUAAAGAAUUUGGUUUCUCAGCAAAGAACGAAGUGAUUAACGGGAAAGCGAGGGUGAUAGGGUUCUUGCUGCUGUUAGAUUUUGAGCUGUUGACAGGUAGAGGUCUAUCGAAAGGGACAACGUUCUUGGACUUCCUUUGCUCUGCUUCAGAUGCUUUCAAGUAG